GGGAGGUGUGUGUGUGUGUGUCUCUCUCUGUGUGUGCCUUCCCUGUACAUAUAUAAGGGCCACACUGACAGAGAAACAGUGCAAGGUUCGGACAUCGGAAGAAAUCUUGGCAUUCGGAGUGCACCGGCAGCUUCCAACGUGACAUCAUGAGGAUGCUAUUGUGGGAGAUCAUAUCAUUCUGCUUGCUGGCCUAUGCCCUCGGUGACUGCCGGAAGGACUGUCUGAACUGCCAUAAACAUCUGUACAGCCACCAAGAUGACUUCAGCCUUCUGAUCUGUGUAAUGGAGUGUGAAGGGAAACUGUUUUCUAGCGCUACCUGGGGACUCUGCCAUAAAGCCAUCAUUGGAAAAGAUUCUUUGUCCCUAGUCCAUAGUAGCCUGGAAGAAAUGAAAUGGCCACUGGAGAUGUGGGAUGGCAGCCUGAAAGGAGGCAGAAGUAACCUGAAACAUCAUGGUGACCUGACCAGAAUGGUGGAUCUCAGCAAUGGGGAAGAUAAGCAAGUGUCCAAAUUGAGUGAUUUCAUCCGUCAGCGAAAGGCAGAAGACGACACCAGUGAUGGAAGCCAAACUCCACCUGGGGAUUUACGUGAUCAGCUCAAGAUUCCCAAGACGGCGGGUGAUUUCCUGAGUGACCCAUUCAACUAUGGGCAGAUGGAAGAACCUGAGGUGCAAGAGCUCCAAAAACGAUUUGGAGGCUUCAUUGGUGUUCGGAAAUCAGCCCGGAAAUGGCACAACCAAAAAAGGUUCAGUGAAUUCCUGAAGCAGUAUCUGGGGAUGUCCCCACGUUCCAUUGAGUACGAUGGCUUGGCCGAUGACCUGAAGGAACAGAAUGAGAUUUAAACAAAUGGACAUUUCCUGGAUUGCUGUCGUUGUUGUCAUUGUCGUUUCCUUCUCAGAUUAUAAACAUGUUGUGAAUUGAUUUCAGAGCUGCCAUGGCCAAAGAAGCCAACCCCCAUUCGUACUAUUCUGCUUUGUCAAUGAUCAGCCAACCAAUCUUAGCAUCUGAAGGGAAGUCUAUUUUCUUUGAAAUAAAAUUCAGAAUUGCUUUGUGUAAUAAUAUUUCACAAUUUUUACAUUUAUAUGAAUAAAAUUUAAAAAGAAAUCUACAUUUAGUAUGAUAACAUGUUAGAGAACAGGUAAUGGUAACUCUUUCCUUCUAUUAUAUUACCUUUCUAUGUUUAGGAAAAAUCAUUUCCAUCGGGGAAGUAGGCUUUCAAAAAAUGCAGCCUUCAUUCUCGCCAGCAGUGUCUGUGGGUCCAGUUCACAAUCCUACCAGCCUAUUCCUUAGACAGAAGACCAAGUUUUGCUUCUUUGCAUUUAUCCUUGGGGUGUUUUUGACCACUUAGGAAAACUGGACAUGAAACCAGAUUCUAACUCCAGGCUUAUGGCUUCAGGGUUUUUUUAGAACUGAGAUUUCCCUGAUACACUUCCCGGUGGGGUUGACAACUUUGAUAUGGCAGUGCAGUAUUUGUGGAUUUUUAUUAUCAGUUUCCCAUUUUCUUUCUCUCUCCAUGGCAUGUAUUUUAUCAAGCCUGCUGUUUCCAUGUUGUCAUUUUCAAAGAUGUGUUUUAUUAAUUGCCAGGACCAGGAGCAAGUGAAUUCCUCUUCACUGCUGCCUGCUAACAAUUUUCAGACAAGACGCAUGAUCGAUAAAGAAAUGAUGUAGCUGGCUUGGGUACUUUUCCUCUGUUAAUUAUUGAAUGUUAAAUAUCUAAAAAGGGGAAACAAUUUCUGUUCUUUUGAUUUCAGGCACAAAGAUGUCUCCAUUAAACUUGUACAUAGCAAAAAGAAAAAGAAAAGAUUAAUAAAUUAGUUUUCUAUUUCUACUGUAGCAUUGUGAUCGACACACUUUCAAUGGCUAUAUGCUUUCUCAUCACCACUGAAAGCUUCAAUUGCACAGCUUAUAAAAAUAUGAGUUUCCAAUGUUAAAAUCUGGGCCAUAUUUAGACUGCAAAAAAUCUGGAGGACCAUCAGAUGGUAGUAAAGAUACAGAGGAAAAUAUUGCCAUUUAGAAGUCAUCUAGGUUUUUACAGUCGAUAACUAAAAAAAAACCUUUCAUUAAUUUAAUUCUCACCAAAUGUACUGAACUUCCAAUAUCCAACCUAGCAAAAUGGUGCUAAUUAGGAAUUCAAUGAGAUGUAGACUUGCAUAUUUGAGGUCAACAGUUUGUGGAAAGUUGCCAGAAAACUAUUUCACAGAUAGCACCCAUUUGAGGUCCAGCUCUCCAUCAUUUCUGAACAAAAAACAAUUUUCAAGCCAACAAAUUAAGCCUGAGGGGCUGUCAUUCUUGCUUGGUAGUUUAUUCUCCUUUUUCCUGAUUCAUUGCCACCCUUGGGAUCCCAUCAAUAAUAUAGGUUUGAUUGCACCAGGAGCCGCUCUACUUCUUGAGUAUUAUGUGUGCAGGUAGAAUGAACUUUUGUUAACUCUUUAAAAUAGUCUAGACAGGAAGCACAACAGUGAAUGUCUCUAUUUUUAUUGUAAGGUUAGAAUAGAAUAGAGCUGGAAGGGACCUUGAAGGCCUUCUAUCCAGGCC